CUUUUAGAUUCUGUCGCUCCGUUGCUAUGUACAUCUCUUUCUCCUAGCAACAGGGCAGGUGUUCUGGCUUUUAAAGAGCCCCCGUUCCAGUUUCCUUUUUUCCUCCCUUCUCCUGAAAGGCAGGCCCUUGGCUAGGGUCAGCAAUGGCGCCCAAGAAAAAGGGGGGGCGCAAAAAAGAGGAGGCCCCCAAAGAGCCAGAGGUGGACGACAGUAUUGUGCCGGAACAUAGCCGAGAAUUUUACCUGAUUCAGAUCCGAGAUUUGGAGGGGCGCCUGGCCCGAUACCAGAAGAAAUGGGAUGAGCUCCAGGUGAGCGAAGAACUCUUCCGGAGCGAGUAUGAAAAGAUGCUGGCCGACAACAAGGAGAUCGUGGCCUUCCUGAAGAAGACGCUUAACCAGCGGGUGGAUGAGAUCGCGGACUUGACCGUUCAGUUCCAAAAUCUCCAGCAUGCCAAAGACACUGAGAAGGACGCUUUCGAAGCCCAACUGGUCCAGCUGAGGCACGAAUUCCAAGAAACCAAGGACCAGCUCACGUCAGAGAAUAUGUUGCUGAGCGGGAAGUUGGCCGCGCUGGAGGAAUUCCGGCUCCAGAAGGAGGAGAUGAUGGCCAGGUUUGCCGAGCGGGAAAAUCAGCUGCGGAAGCAGGAGGAACAGCACAAAGAGAUUAUCUACAGCCUCGAAAGGAAGGCCGUCAUAGAUAAAGAGAGGCUGAAGAAGGACAUGCUGCACCGGGUGAACGCCGUGGCAGCCGAAUUCAGGAAGGUCUCCAACAGCCAGAUGGCGGAGACCACCAAGCGCACCAUCCGGGAGAACGUCUCGAUCAGCCUCCAGCUGACGAAGGUCACGGAGCAGAGCCUCCAGCUGAUCCAGGAGAAUGACCGCCUGAAGGAGGCCCACUCAGAGGCCAUGAAAGAGCUGCAGUUACUGGAGCACAACGAGAAGAAGAUGGCAAAGAACAGCCUCAGCAACCAGAAGAUGAUUUGGAUGCUGACCGAGAAGUGCAAAGAGCUGCAAACUCAGGUGGACGAAUACCUGCAAACGAAGGCGCUCCUGAGCAAGACGCAGAAGGCCAACGAAACUCUCCUGCAGCAGAAUUUGAUUCUCCGAGAAGAGCUGGGCAUGCUGAAAGAAGAAAUGGGCCAGAAAUUGGCCAAGGAGCAAGAUCAAAUGAAAUCACUGCAAGGAGAGCAGCAGCGCAGGAUGAAUGCCGAGCGGGUGCUGAAGCACGUGGCUCAGGGCCUGAAGGAAGUGCUGGCGGAACGGCCGCUGGAGGACGAAGAAGACGGCGACUUUGACGUGGUCUUCCAGCUGCGGCGCAACGACGCCUUGCACGGCAUCCUGAACCUUCUGCGCAGGAGCAUCGCCCGCCUGGAAGCGCACCAAGCCCUCCACCCCGUCCAGAUAGAGAGCAAGCUGGUCAAGGUCACCAACUUGACCACGAGCUCCUCUACCGAAUGGCGCAUGAAGGCUUCCCGCACGAUGUCUCACUGCAACAUCUUCAAUUUACCGAAGCCGAGGCCUGUCCACAGCAUGCCGUCCAUGGUUUCUCUCUCUGCCAAACAGCUGGUCACCCUCCGCCCGUACGCCAGCGCGACCGAGACUUUACUCGGGUCAUGGAAAAGCGAGGGGUGCGCCAGCGUCACCCCGCCAGUCAGGGAACCCAUCCAGGUGCCGGAGAAAGCCGUCCAGGGGCCCAAGGAAGUGGUCCAGGAAAAGCAUGACUUGCCAGAAAUAGUGACUCACAUCGCCACGCAGGAGCUGCUCAGCAAGUAGAACAGAGGAGGGUGGCCGAGCCCGUCCCUCCCCGGGAGAGCGGCACGCAGGGAUGUUGCUUUGUUCUUAAAAAUACAUGGAAUGACCUGUGCAAAAGCUGAUAAAAAAAAAGGUUACAGAGCCUCGUAGCUAGGAGUGAGAAAUGGGAAUGGAUCGCCGUGGCUCUGUCUGCAGUUGGCGCCCAAGAGAAUUUGCCUGCUCUGGGUGUAAAGCCAUUGCAAAGGCGCAGGGGGGCCACAUACCCUGCCGUUAGCCCAAACUGAUUUUUUUUGCCUAUAGCCGAAUUAAAGUGGAAGGUAGACUUCGACCUUAGAGCCCCAAAGUGUUCCUUUUUAAAG